CCUGGAUCCUGUCCCAAAGAGAGACAGUCAUCCCCUAACAGGACCUCACAGCCCAUAUCUUGGAGAAUCCCAACUACCAGCCAGCCCGACCCCUCCUAUGUCUGCACAGGGAUCUGGACCACAAAUGUGUGCUCCAGGCCAACGACCACCGGGGUUGUGACCUGUUUCCUGCGGCCUGACCUCGCUCAGCCUCUUCUGAGUCUCAAAAACCUGGGGCUGCUGCAGAAUGAGAAACGUGCCAGGCCAGAAACAACUCCGCUCCAGAGAGAGGAAAGACGCAAAGAUGAAGGUGUCGUAUGUGGCCGCUUUCCUCAUCGGGCUCCUCUCCCUGGAGAGCCCCACAGCAGCUCCACUGAAAAAGCAGUUGUGGUCUGUGGACUCAGGUAGCGUAAACACCGGCAAUGUGGGAGACGGCAGCUUUGACGACAACAGCGAAAACAACCAAUUCUGGUCAGUGGACUCCGGUAGUGUAAACACCGGCAACGUGGGAGAUGGCAGCUUUGACGACAACAGCCAAAACAACCAAUUCUGGUCAGUGGACUCCGGUAGCGUAAAGACCGGCAAUGUGGGCGAUGGCAGCUUUGAUGACAGCAGCCAAAACAACCAAUUCUGGUCAGUGGACUCUGGUAGUGUAAACACCGGCAACGUGGGAGACGGCAGCUUUGACGACAACAGCCAAAACAACCAAUUCUGGUCAGUGAAUUCCGGUAGUGUAAACACCGGCAACGUGGGAGAUGGCAGCUUUGACGACAACAGCCAAAACAACCAAUUCUGGUCAGUGGAAUCCGGUAGCGUAAACACCGGCAACGUGGGAGACGGCAGCUUUGACGACAACAGCCAAAACAACCAGUUCUGGUCAGUGGACUCCGGUAGCGUAAACACCGGCAACGUGGGCGACGGCAGCUUUGACGACAACAGCCUAAACAACCAAUUCUGGUCAGUGGACUCCGGUAGCGUAAACACCGGCAACGUGGGCGAUGGCAGCUUUGACGACAACAGCCUAAACAACCAAUUCUGGUCAGUGGAAUCCGGUAGCGUAAACACCGGCAACGUGGGCGACGGCAGCUUUGAUGACAACAGCCAAAACAACCAAUUUGGGUCAGCGGGCUGCGGUAGCGUAGACACUGGCAACGUAGGCGAUGGCAGCUUUGAUGACAACAGCCAAAACAACCAAUUCUAGUCAGCGUACUAGGCUCCCAGAAACCCACCACGACAACUGCCCUGACGCUUUCUGUCCCGUGCUCUCACCCAUCUCAGCCUGAACAUGAAAAACACAGCACGCUCCGGUGGAAUUUGCUUUUGCCCUGUUCGAUGAUUUGACUGUAGGGUGCAGUUCUUACCCUUCCGUUGCCCCUCAAAUGCCUCUGCACUAAUGCAAAUAAACCCGUUUCCACUCA